CUAAACAUGGCUGAACAAUAUGAAAGAAACAACAAUGAUGAUUAUUUAGUGUUCUGUGUCCGAGUUCCGUUUAGUGAAAGUUUUCGUUACUAUAGCUACGUCUCGGACUCUGUUCUGUUGUUCUCUGCUUUGCUCCUCUGUUUAUUUAGUAGCGAGUAUUAUGGGAUGUUAGUACAUUUAGUUGCGAGUAUUAUGGGAUGUUAUUGCACUCGAUAUAGUAAACAGCUGUUUUUGAAGUGUUCAGUCAGUUUUAUUUAUGUUGCACCGCACAGUUUUCUGCAAUAGGCUUAUUAUUAUUAUUAUUAUUGAUAAAUGAAUGUUUAUAUAAAAGAAUGUCCAUUCAAAAUGCUUUAACCAAAUGAUUGGCUAUUUUUUACUCCAGUCGUUUCCUUGUAGUGCAUCUUCCUAUGAUUUUAUUUGAUUCUACCUACAGUAAUAAUCGUCUUGAACCUGAGUUGUUGAUAUAGAAAUGUAUUAUCCAUCAGCUCCGACUUGUUCAGGUCGUCUUACCUGUGGGCUAGAGGACGUGUGUCACAUGGAGUCACGUGCUAUCUGAUAACACCUUAGCUGUGCCAAAGAUCCGAGUCUUUUUCCGUGCACAACAGCCUUUAGCUCACAAUGACUGACCACAUGCCUUGUGUCCAGCUGAAUACCAAAGCUCAGAUGCCACUGUUGGGUUUGGGCACGUUCCGUUUGCAAGGCCCUAAUGAAACUUAUCAGGCUGUGGAUGCUGCCUUAACAGCAGGCUACCGAGCUUUUGAUACAGCAGCAGUGUACCGCAACGAAGCAUACAUUGGCCAGGCUCUUAGCACCUUGUUGCCCAAACAUGGCCUUUCCAGAGCUGAUGUGUUCAUAACGUCUAAACUAAGUCCCAGAGACCAGGGUUCCAAAGCCAAGGAUGGAUGUUUGAGAAGCCUGGAGCAACUAGGCUUAGAUUAUAUUGACCUGUUUCUCAUUCACUGGCCUGGUACACAGGGUUUGGAUGUAAAGGAUAAGCGAAACCCUGACAAUCGAGCUCAAAGUUGGGCAACCUUGGAGGAGUUCCAGGCAGAGGGAAAGUUCCGUGCCAUUGGAGUGUCAAACUACACGGUGAAGCACAUGGAGGAGCUGAUGAAGAGCUGCAGAGUCAUUCCAGCUGUUCUCCAGGUGGAGUUCCACCCAAGGUUGGCUCAGAAGGAGCUAAGGACAUUAUGUGAGAAAAGUGGAGUAUGCUUCCAAGCAUACUCUUCCCUGGGGACAGGCAUUCUCCUCUCUGAUACUCUGGUUCAGAAGAUUGCAGAACGUUGUGGAAAAACCCCAGCUCAGGUGCUUCUGAGGUGGGCUGUGCAGCAAAACAUACCUGUGUUGCCGAAAUCAUGCCAACCCUGCAGGGUGCAAGAGAACAGGUGCGUGUUUGACUUUGAGCUCAGUGACAGUGACAUGGUGAAGCUUUCAUCUCUAGACUGCAAUGAGAAGUUCUGCUGGGACCCAGCACUGGUACUCUAGACUAAUUCCAGUGUCAAAUCUAGAACAACAUCAAUAGGAUAAUACAAGUGUUAAAGACCAUGCAGGCCAACUUGAAUGUAGUGUUUAUCUAAAUUCUUUACACGAAUAAUCCAUACAUACGGGUUUGGUUCCUGUCUCUGGCCUGUGUGUAUGGAGUUAGCAUGUUCUUCUGGGGUCUCCUCUGGGUACUCCAUUUUUCUCCCUAGUCUAAUGACAUGUGACUGUUGACUAACUGCUCUCUCUAAAUAGCCCAUGGUGUACUAGUGAGCCCUGUGAUGAGCUGGUACCCUUGUCCAGAGUGUUCCCCAUAUUGUGCCCAGAAUUCCAUUGUAUAGACUGAAGGCUCCCCACAACCAAGCGAAGGAUACAUGGUACAAAAAAAUGGAUGGAUGGAUUUAAAUUCUAGAUGUAAAAGUAUCAUUUUGAAAAUCUGCACUACCCCCUAAAACUCGCAAACUGUUAUUUAAGAACAAUAAAAAACACACACAUGCAGCAGUUUCUUUAAUAAAACCAUAUUUAUUUUUCACAUUGUAGUGGUCCUAAACAUUUAUAUUUAAUAAUCUGAAAAUCAUAGCAUUACAAGGCAUUUCCUUUUUAUAUUUUCAAGUAAUAUCAAUGGAUGUAAGGCCUUGUUACUUUCUCUUCCACCCUUUAACAUUUAUUGCUCUCAGGGUCUAAAAUGUUCCAGGAAUAAAGAGAUAGCAGAAGUUACAACAUAUACAAAACUGUUCAAAACUUCUUUUCCCCCACCUAUGAUACCCCUAAACAGAUAAAGAGGAUAUAAGAUCAGUUGUUUUAUGUUUUAUUGUAAAAAUAGUCAUGUGUUGAAUCAUGUUUAUUUGUAUUCCUAAAUCUUUCAUGUAUCAAUUGAAAAUGGUAAUAAAAGUUUUAAAAUAUCAAA